ACGAGGAAAUGGAGUCAUAGGAGGCAGCUGAAAUUAUAAGUCGUCAUUUUCAAAUCGUUCUAGAAAGGCGGCAACGACAUAAGUCGGACUUCUCGUGCACCGACCAUGACGUUUCGCAAGAUUCGUCGCGUGUUGUAAUAAUAACCUCCUUAAUUAUUUCCUACCCUGACACCUGUAAGGCAUGAGCCUAGAAGAGCUGAGUGCGUGGUUAGAGCAUUUUAGAGAGGAUGGUCCCUAGGUCGCAAGCUUUGAUGGCAACACGGCGAUACCUCUUAAAAAUGGCCAGACCUUUCAGUUAUCACCGCUUCAAUACUAACACAUCCCGUUACAGUUGCAACAGUUACGAACUUCAGUGCCGUAGUAGUAGGCAGUAUCGGUUCUUAACUCCAGUCUUAACCGUAUGCCUGUUAGCCUCCUUCUCCUGCUUCGCACCUGCUGUCAUCGCCCAGACGUUGGCACCGUCCCAAGCGGCGGUGCUGGCGGAGUGCCAGCGGCAGUGGGGCGCAACGUUCCCCGGAUGGACGGCAGGGGGGGAAUGCGCGGAUGCUUUUCAAUUGUCGUGCGACUCGGAUGGCAUGAUCUUAGCCAUGACUUUGGAGCACUACGGCGACGAUGGGGCGUCCCUGGGGUCCAUUCCCGAUGCCCUCAGCAACCUCUCUCGCCUCACGCUGCUGACGUCAAGUGAACGAGAUGGCGAUGAAGAGCCACCUGAAUCUGGUACGGCUGAUGAGGUACUGCUUCGACAUCAGCCCGGACACGGAGCGCAUGGAGCAGAUCGUCAUCUACGAGUUCGUCGACAAUGGCGAGCUGGAUUGGCCCCCGGUGUCCCCAUCCCCUGUCUGUGUGUGUGCGGCUGGACAUUCUCAUUGGCAUGGCCCGUGGUCUCGAGUACCUGCACAGCUUUGGCAUUGUGCAUCGCGACAUCAAGCCAGCCAACAGCCUGCUGGAUAAGAACAUGCAGGCCAAGAUUGCAGACUUUGGGCUUGUGAGGCAUGGCGAGGGCACAUUAGUGAUUGCCACGCGAGUGAUGGGCACACCGGGCUAUGUGGACCCCGCUUACUACAAGUCACAGAAGGCAACGCCGAAGGCCGAUGUGCACAGCUUCGGAGUGGUGACGUUGACGCUCAUCAUGGCUCGCAAGGCCAUCACGGCCUUCAAGGACCCGCAGCUGGAAGCGCUGGACGACUUGGUGCUGCGCAUGGCGAAGCUGGCCCUCAGCUGGACCGCCAUGCCCACGGCCUCCCGCCCCUCCAUCAGCCGCAUCCUCGGCUAGCUGCUUGUGAUAAAGGAGAAGUUUCUGGGGCAGGAGGAGGACCGGAUGGCUGCGAGGAUCGACCCCGAAUUGGAGAACUCCACGGAUUCCAAUGUGAGCAUGGAGAUCGCCCGCGCUCAGGGAGCUCGUAGUAGCGGAGGGCUGUCAAUCAACCCUUGAGCCUAGUGUCAACCUAAACAUAUAUUUGUAUGUAGAAGUUAUAGGCUAGAUAGGUGUGUGUUCUUAGAGGCUACAGCUCCAACCCUAUUUCUCCCUUGUUCUCACCUGUUCUAGUCAUUCUCGUAUU